CUGACGGUGCCUGUCAACGCCGCGACCUAGCUAAUAGUAGCUAGUUAUUCCUUAGUAAUGAAAGUUAUUCUACCUCACUGACCCUUGUCUCAUAGUUAGUGUUAGUCAGUAGCGUCGGUCGGGUGCAAUGGGGUUACCGCAGAGUUCGUUUUUGACGGACGGGGGAGCCAAUAGUGGAUACCACGUCCACGGGGUUCAAGAGAAUUCGCCGGCUGACAAAGCUGGUUUGGAGCCCUUUUUUGACUUCAUCCUCUCAAUAGGAAAUACCCGACUUAAUAAGGAGAGUGAUUUGCUGAAAGACCUUCUAAAAGCCAAUGUGGAGAAACCAGUUAAGCUUGAGGUACACAGCACCAAAACCCAGCGGGUGAGGGAACUGGAUGUUGUGCCCAGUAACAUGUGGGGCGGUCAGGGCCUGCUGGGAGCCAGCGUUCGCUUCUGCAGCUUCGAGGGAGCCAACGAGAAUGUUUGGCAUGUCUUGGAUGUGGAGGCCAAUUCUCCAGCAGCACUGGCAGGGUUACAGGCACACCGGGACUUCAUAGUGGGAGCAGACCAGGUGUUGCAAGACUCGGAGGAUUUUUUUUCUUUGAUUGAAGCCAAUGAAGGGAAACCUCUGAAGCUCCUGGUGUACAACACACAGAGCGACCAGUGCAGGGAGGUGGUGGUGACACCUAACGGUGCGUGGGGGGGUGAGGGAAGCCUUGGCUGUGGUAUUGGUUACGGCUAUUUGCACAGGAUCCCAACUCGUCCUCUGAAGCCUGACGCCCAAGGUGAAAGCAAGUUUCAGUCCCCUGCGAUUGCAGUUGACAGUACACAAGAACUACCUAUGAGUGACUACGCCAAGGUGCCUUCAGUGGCUGCAUCCAACCCUCGUGGAGGGACUGAAAAUCUGUCUGAAAAUGAAGAAGUUGGCCAGGACCCACCUCUGACCCCACCCAUGCAAGCUGUUCAAGACGUUGAUAUCUCUAGCGUUUCCGAGGCAAUGACCAUAGAUCUCUCAGAGAUGGUGUCCACCAUGAAUGUGAGCGACAGCUCUGUAUUCGCCAAUUACGGAGAUACCUCUUAUGAUCAGUUCAGCCCAGAUAACUCAACCACUGGCCAAAUAGUGCCUUCAUCACCAGGUGGGGAGUUGGAAUCAGACGUCCAGGAAGCCGAGGGGGGGACCGCGACAGACUCGAUCCCCCCCAGCUUUCCCAGCAGUGAAGCCACAGGUGACACUGUAAGUCAAGAUGUCAUCAAACGAAACCUGUGUGACACUAGUACCUCGGGGGUGGAAGGCAUCGACGUCUGUCCCUCCGGCUCAGGGCAUGAGGACAAGCAGGUGUCAUAGCAAUCUGCCUUAGAGAAAUAAGAAGACUGCUGUUUACGAGUAAGAGGUUUUCUAUUUACUCAGAAGUACUACUUGUACCAGCUAGCUUAUGUCGGAGGACACGAGGUGAGGUAGAUGUAGAUGAGAUUCAGACUCUUAUCUUUGAAAGUUGCGUCACUGGAAUUUGUUUGUAUUUCCAAAAGUUUUAUUUGUGGGAUGGGUGUCACGGCCCCAUCAUGCUCAAUUGCACAUCUCAGCGUAUGAAUUAAUAAUAAGAAUAUACCAAGUUUGUCUUGAAGAAAAUGCUUCCUCAUUGAGCUGGAGGAAGUCAACUGUAUUCAUGAUCUACGCCUCAGCUGCUGUUGUAAUUCAGUUGUAUGUGUCAUGUAGGUUUUAUUUGCACAAGCAAAAUGCCAAAGCUGUAGGAUUUGUAGAGCACUUACUGCUCCGACCAUCAUCAUCAUCACGUAGCCCGUGUUUUUUAGACUUUUAUGCUCAAUAACACAGUUUUUGUGUUUUGGGAGGUGUUUUUUUUUCUGAGGGGUGGGGUAAGAGGAGGUGAUUCUGCUCAAAGUCUGUUUUCUCUCAGUUUAUAUCUGUUGUGAGGUUGGCCAGGGCCCCCGAUGUGUUGUUUAUUUCAGAACGGCAGACCAAUUUAUCUCCCGUGAAUGAGUGGAGGAGGGAGUCAAACUCACCGUUACAUAACACUAGAUUAUUACGACUGUUGUUGGGAGAUUUAUGCAUAUGGGUCCCGUUGUCUUAUUUGCUUUAUGCAAAGCCUUAGCAUAUGUGUUGCACUUUAAAGGAAAAUCUGCUCUGAAACAGAAUUUACGAAUGUUGUCCCUGUGACCACUACAAGACUGUCCAAGUGUCCUGUAGAAAUAAAUAGACUGCUGAGGCGAUGCGCUUUAAUGGCUUAAAGAAAACCCAGAGAACUUGACCAUCGUUUUUCCAAAUGCGUUUUCUAGUUAUAGAAGUGUAGACAUCGCUUGUCUGGGUCCUGAAUCAGUGCGCAGUGCUGGAGCGGCUCCUGCAUCGGCAGUAGUGUUUCUGGAUCACAUCUCAGAUGAAUGCCCAGGUUCUCUGGCUCUGUAAUCGUCACAGUAUUGUAGCGAAUUGAGGGGAGCAGCCGGGAACCGCUGCAGCCUGGACGCGAACCCGGGUUGCCCGCACCACAGGCGACUACAUUCACCAGUCAGCUAAAGGGUGCGACCCCUUAGCCAGCUGGCUAGUCUAGUCUAGUCUACUGAUUCAUGAUUGUUACACUACCCCCCUCCUUCAGGAAGUGCGUCCCCGUGGUUUAGCAUAUCAGCUCCCUCACACCUCUGGGUGCACACGCUUCCGAUGGCCUCACAGCCUCACCAUCCCACUUCUGACUCCAAUGUAGUGAAUUCAGGGGACAGCGGGGACUCCGCCACAGCCAAGAUGCAAACCCAGGUCGCCCGCACCACGGGCGAAUUUGCUAACCAGUCAACUAAAGGGUCCACCCGUUAGCCAAGGGCUAGUCAGUCUAGUUUCCGUAGUCGUUACACUACCCCCUUCAUUUGGGAAGCGCGUCCCCACGCUUCAGCAUACCAGCUCCCUCCCGCCUCUGGGUGCACAUGCUUCCGAUGGCCUCACGGCCUCACCAUCCCAAUUCUGACACCAAUGCAGCGAAUUCAGGGGGCAGCCGGGAACUGGGACUGUCGGGUUCGCGUCCCGGCUGUGGCGGAUUCCCGGCUGCACCCUGAAUUCACUACAGUAUUGUGUUUAUUCACACUGACUGAACUGCGCAUCUUCACAGGAGUAACAGGAGAAUUUUGUUUCUGGGUGAGUCGUCCCUUUUAAUCCUUCCUUCGGUCAUUUGCUGGUGUACUAAGAUCAAGAUCCGAGUACAUUGAGGGGCAUUAAUCUCUUCACACCUCAGUCGUCAUUUGGGCUUUGGUUUUCUAGAAGAUGUGUAGCUUUUUUGGAAUGACAUGCAUUUUACUUAGGCCGCUUUCUUGUAACAUGUUUUAUUUGUUGAUGAUGUUACAAACACUGGGUAGACUACAGAAUGUACCAUUUAGUUAUGUAACUACAAGUGAUUUUAUGUGUUACCUCCUCUGGCCUUUACCUGGAUGUUGAUUCAGUUAUGCAACUGAUUUCCUCACGUAAGAAGAAUGAUCGAUUUACGACAACAGAAGAGGGCAUCGCUGGUGUAGAAGUCCAGAGCAUGUUCUGCUUUGUUCUCUUAUUUUGGUCCUGUCUUUUGUUUACUCAAUUACAAUGCAAACUUGUAACGUUGCCUGCGUUUUAUCUCCUGGACACAGAGUAACGGUAUUGGGUCAAGAGCACAUAAAUACCAGUUCUGAGCUGAAAAAAUAAUAUCAAUAAAUGUUUUCUGU